GUAAGGCAUCCACGGAGCUAUUUCUAUUCACUUUUUAAUAAAGUUUCGGAGCGCACAUGUCGAAUUAUAGUACAUUUGUAUAUAACGGAUCCCGCCAUGGUAGAAUGCUAAUAAUCACAUCUUGAAGAUUAUUUCUCAAAAUGUAAGGUCACUUAAGAAUACAUCUUUCUUCGCAACGUAUUUACGGCGUUGUGAUUCUCUCUCAUCGUUACUCCGUAGUGCUGUAAUUACCCAGUUUGCGCGCGGAUUCACAUAAAAUCAACUGUAGCGAAAUUCAUCUGCUUUUGUUUAUCAAUAGAUAACCCGGUGUUAUUAUUGCUAUAUGCCGGAUCUGAUUGUAGCGUGGCUUUUCGCGCACGCUCCAAUUUCGAUGUUUUGAAACAGCGCACUGUACAUAUGACGCUAUUGCUUAAGCUGUUCAUGCGUGUGACACAGUCGAUAAAAUCACUUCGACAGCGGAUCUUAUCACCAAUUACUUGACCUAGAGAGAGUUUCGCGACAUCUGCUAGAGCUGCUCAUGAACGAAAUAAAGUCACUAUAAACUAUGAGCGUGCCGUGCCGACUAUUACCCCUGUGGGGAUUCCACAGCUCCAUACUGCGAAGGUCGCUUUCCGUUACACCAGUGCUGGCGAAAAAAAUGAAAGGACCACUAAAAGUGGCAAAAAUUAAAUCGAAGGUGCCCCUUAUAAAGAUUUGGAAAAAUAUCACGGUAAAAGAGAUUUCUGAGAUGACGAAACACCCAAUGAAUCAUGUCGUGGAGGGAUUACUCUAUAUACCUGAAGGGAACAAGUAUGAAAACGAGACCGACGAGUUAACUCAUAAAGACGCUAUUGAGCUUUUAAAAAUUUUAGGCUAUCGUGGAGAGAUUGGGCCUGCACCCAUGUCCGUCGUUAGCAAAAGGUUACAGGAAGAUAAAUAUCGAGACGCCGAGAGGCGUCCUCCAGCCAAACCAGAAACGCUCCGACCUCGUAGACCUGUUGUAACGGUGAUGGGUCACGUUGACCAUGGUAAGACUACCCUGUUAGAUACAUUGCGGAAAAGCCGAAUCGUCGAUCAGGAAUUCGGAGGAAUCACGCAGCACAUUGGAGCCUUCUCCGUUCCUGUACAGAUGUGUGCGCAUGGAGCCAUCACGUUCCUCGACACUCCCGGUCAUGCUGCUUUUCGAGCGAUGCGAGCGCGUGGUGCCAAUGUGACAGAUAUGGUCGUGUUAGUCGUCGCAGCUGAUGACGGAGUGAUGGAGCAGACCGUUGAGUCAAUUCGGUUUGCGAAUCAUGCCGAAGUUCCAAUACUGGUCGCCGUAAAUAAAAUGGACAAGCCUUCAGCAAACCUCGAGCGAGUCAAAAUGGGUUUGUUGGGAUAUGGAAUUCAAAGCGACGACAGCGGCGGAGAUGUUCAGUUUGUAUCGAUAUCAGCUCUUAAAGGUGAUGGAAUCGACAAACUUCUAGAAGCAAUCGUCCUUCAAGCAGAGAUUCUUAAUAUCAAAGCGUCCUUUGAGGGUUUUUCUGAAGGGUUUAUCCUUGAAAGCAGCACAGACCAACAUCGCGGCAAAAUUGCUACUGUGUUGGUAAAUCGAGGUAUAAUGAAAAAAGGCUCCCACAUUGUAGCCGGAACAUCGUGGUGCAAAGUUCGAUUAAUUUUCGAUGAAUGGGGGAAACCUGUGCAGGAGAUUGAGCCCGGUUGCGCUGCACAAAUUACCGGUUGGAAAACAAUACCAAACGCUGGCGACCUGGUACUUGAGGUAGAAAACGAGAAACGCGCAAAAGAAGUCGUCGAUGUUCGACAUAAGAAGGAUAGAACAGCGAAACUUGCCGAAGACUCGAAGGUGAUAGAGGCAAGGGCUGCCGAACACAAAGCAAAACAUCGUGAAGUUCUCGAGGCCAAGUGGGCCGCAGGCUAUCGGUAUGCUAAAAUCAAUCGUGAGGUCCCCAAAGUAGAAGUUGAAAACAAACCUACGUUACGAAUUAUUAUCAAAGGUGAUACUGAUGGCUCCGUCGAAGCUCUGUUAAAUGUGUUAGAUACUUACGAUAAGCACAAUGAGUGCCAAUUGAAUAUAGUAGAGCAUGGAGUGGGACCUGUGUCCAAGAGCGAUGUGAAGCUUGCUCAAACCUUUGACGGUAUUGUGUAUGCGAUGCACGUGGGAGUUUUACCUGAAGUUAGUCAAUACGUCGCAAAAGACGUCAAGAUCAAAGAAUACAAGAGGACCAGUGGCAUCAAUGAAGCAUCUCAAAGAUGAGGUCUCCAUUAUUCGAAAGGAUAUGGAAUGCGGAAUUAUGCUCGAGGAUUCCUCGAUUCAGCCAAAACCCGGCGACGUCAUUGUUUGCGUCCGAC